AUGAGACGGCAAGUACUGCUUUUCAUCUCCGUCCUUUUUGUCAGUCCUGUGCUCGGGCAGGUCAGCUACUCCAUUAACGAGGAAAUGUCGGUGGGCUCGGUAGUUGGAAGGAUAGCAGAGGAUUUGGGUUUAGAUGUAGAACGACUGAAAUCACGCAAGGCUCGUGUCUUUUUUGGUGAUAGCAGAGAAUAUAUUGAGCUGAAUAAAGAUAGGGGAGUCCUCCUAAUCAAAGAGAGAAUAGACAGAGAGACCUUCUGCGGCCAGACAGUACCUUGUGCUAUGCACUUUCAAAUUAUCUUAGAAAAACCCGUUGAAUUUUACAGAAUAAUCGUCGAGAUCGUAGACAUAAAUGAUAACCCCCCCGUCUUUGAGAAAGGCGAUAUUAGAUUUAAAAUAAGCGAGUCUGCAGUGACCGGAUCGAAAUUUGAUUUAGAAGGGGCGGUGGAUUUAGAUGUUGGAAUAAAUGGUCUCCAAACCUACAUCCUGAAACCGACUGAUAACUUUGCUUUGAAACUACAUAAUCAAGCAGACGGUUCGAGGAACGUGGAGAUGAUUUUAAAACAGCCUCUUGACAGAGAGAAAAGCGAACAUUUGUCGUUAGUGCUAACGGCAGUCGAUGGAGGAGAACCUCAAAUGUCUGGAACAAUGCAAAUCCUCAUCACGGUGUUAGACGCCAAUGAUAAUGCACCUGUUUUCACAAAGUCUGUAUAUAAAGCCACCGUUGCAGAAAAUUCACCAAAAGGAACAGUAGUGACGACAGUUAGUGCGUCAGAUGCUGAUCAUGGAUCGAAUGGAAGAAUAACAUACUCCAUCAGAAACACUUUAGAUAAUGUCAGACAUUUGUUUGAAGUAAAUGAACAUACUGGCGAAGUUAGAUUAAUUGGAAAUAUAGACUAUGAGAAGUCACGAAAUUAUCAAAUCAAUUUACGUGCAAGUGACGACGGCGGUCUAACAGACACAUGCAAAGUAAUAGUUGACAUUACAGACAUUAAUGACAAUUAUCCCCUAAUUAGUGUAAUGUCGGAAACAAAUAUUAUAUCUGAAGAUGUCAAAAGCCAGACUGUCAUAACAAUAAUUAAUAUUCAAGACAUAGACGACGGUGAGAAUGGCAAAGUCAAAUGCACAAUAAAUGAAAAUAUUCCGUUCUCUUUGAAGUCUACAGAAAAUAAUUUCUACAGUUUAGUGACAGACAGUGAUUUAGACAGAGAGAGAGCCUCUGAAUAUAACAUCAGUGUGACCUGCUCUGAUGAGGGAGUGCCCUCCCUCUCCAGCAGCGUCACUCUCACCUUACAGAUCUCUGAUGUCAAUGACAACUACCUUGGAUAG